AUGUCCAAUACUAGUACCUCUUCAUCAAACAAUGCCAAUAAUAUUAAUAGCCUUCCAAAAAAAUCAAGGAAAGGAAUCGAAAGAUCAAUUACGAUAGGUCCUGAUACCUAUAUGAUUGAUAAAGAAAUAGGUAAAGGUUCCUUUGCCACAGUUCAUAGGGCACAUCUAUUAAGAAAACAAAUUAAAGAUGAUCUCACAUCACCUCCAUUAAAUUUUGCUAUCAAAAUUGUAUCAAGAUCAAAAUUGAAAAAUAAAAAAUUGUUAGAAAAUUUAGAAAUUGAAAUUGCCAUCUUGAAAAAAAUCAAUCAUCCACAUAUCGUCAAAUUAAUUGAUUGUGAAAGAACAACUACUGAUUUCUAUCUUAUAAUGGAAUAUUGUGCUUUGGGGGAUCUGACCUUUCUAAUAAAAAAACGACAUGAACUAAUUAAAAAUCAUCCAUUAUUAGAAAAAAUCUUUGAAAAAUAUCCUUCCCCAAAUGAAAAUUAUAAUGGAUUACAUAGAGCUUUCAUUUUAAAUUAUUUACAACAAUUGGCAUCCGCUUUAAAAUUCUUAAGAUCCAAGAAUUUAGUUCAUAGAGAUAUUAAACCACAGAAUCUAUUACUAUUAACCCCAUUGAUUAAUUACAAUGAUUCCAAAGCCUUUAAAAAAUUAGGUUUUAUUGGAAUUUAUGAAUUGCCAAUUUUGAAAAUUGCUGAUUUUGGGUUUGCAAGAUUCUUACCAAAUACUUCAAUGGCUGAAACUUUAUGUGGAUCUCCAUUAUAUAUGGCUCCUGAAAUUUUAAAUUAUCAAAAAUAUAACGCUAAAGCUGAUUUAUGGUCUGUAGGGACUGUGCUUUAUGAAAUGUGUUAUGGUACUCCACCAUUCAAGGCAUCAAAUCAUUUGGAAUUAUAUAAAAAAAUUAAAAGAUCAAAUAACAAGAUUAAUUUCCCCAAUUAUAUUCAAAUCCAAAAUGAUAUGAAAAUCUUAAUUUCAAAAUUAUUGACUUUUGAUCCACAAAGAAGAAUUGAAUUCGAUGAGUUUUUCAAUAAUAAUCUAGUCAAUGAAGAUUUGUCUCAUUAUGAAUCAAGUUUAAAUGAUGAUGAUAUUCAAGAAUUAGAAUCAAAAUCCAAAAAUAUUUUAGAAAAUAAUAUGUUCAUCUCUGAAUACCUUUCAAAUGAUACAAGCCAAAAUAGAAAUAAUAAAUAUGAAUAUAAUAAUAUUCAAGAUGAACAAAAUUCAACUUUAACUCCUAAGGUAACAAGCAAUAAUAAAGAAGCCUAUUCCACGUCAACUCCCACAAAUGUAGUAACUGAAAAUGAAAACGAAAACAAAAAUGAAACUGUGAAGACAAUACGGAAAGAUCAAAAUAACCAUAAUAACACAUUCCCGUCAUAUCUAAAUGAAAGGACGAAUUCAGAUAUAAUUUUAGAAAAGGAUUACGUUGUCAUUGAGAAGAAAAGUGUAGAAAUAAACGCAUUGGCUGAUGAAUUGGCUAAAGUUGGACCAAUACCCACAAAUAACCUGAAAAAAACUGUUAAUCCUGAUACUAAACCUAUACAAUCAAGGGAUCAACAACUUUCAUCAAUACCUCAAAAGAAAUGGUCAACGGCAACAAAUUCAACAUCCAGUAAUAAUGAUAUGCCAAUAAAUCGAUCUUCGACCACAUCUAUUUCGAAUAGUAGUAGUCCAGGAAAUGUCAUUACUACAGUACGGCGUCCAUCAUUGGUUGACCGUCGUUUAUCUAUGUCAUCUUUAAACCCAUCAAAUGCUUUAUCAAGAGCCAUCGGGGUUGCCUCUACAAAAUUAUUUGGAACUACAACGAAUUUCAAUACCACUAAAAAUCAAACUCAACAACAGCAGGAGCAACAACAAUUACAAGCAACGCCGUAUUUGAGUAAUUCAUUUGCUUUAAGUCCAAGAAUAUUUCAAGAUUUAACCGAAAACAUAAUUUUGAGAGUAAAUAAUAUUGAAAAUGAAAAUGAAAGAAUUGCCAAAGUUGAAAAUGAAAAUAGUUCCUCUAACUUGGAUACAAACAAAAUAACACAUAUACUGGAAUCAUUAUCGGCAAGAGCUUUCGUAGUAUAUUCAUUUGCUGAAGUUAAAUUUUUACAAGUCAUACCAAUGAAAAAAUCUCAACAAAGAUCAAGUAAUGGAAGCUCUGCAAUUCAAGAAGAGGAAGAAGGGGAAGAAGCAGAUUUGAGAGAUGCCAACGGCAACAAUAACAACGACACUGACAAUAAAUUUUCUAUAAAGGAAUUGAAACAUCUUUGUACCGAGGCAAUCGUCUUAUAUAUGAAGACAUUGGAAAUAUUGGCUAAAUCAAUGAAAAUUACUUCCAAGUGGUGGUAUGAAUCUAAUGAGAAAAUAUGCUCUUUAAGACUGAAUCUUUUAGUUCAAUGGAUUAGGGAGAGAUUUAAUGAAUGUUUGGAAAAGGCGGAUUAUCUGCGUUUGAAACUGGAUGAUGUAACGACUAAUAAGCAAGAUCAAGAAAAGGGAAAUGAUGACAGUGAAGAUGAAGAUGAAAAUGAUAACGACAACGUUAGUGAAAAAGAGACAACAGAUACAGAUGAAGAUGUUGUACUAGAGAAGCUGUUAUAUGACAGAGCAUUAGAAAUCUCAAAAGAUGCCGCAACCAUGGAACUAAAUGGGGAAAAUCUAUAUAAUUGUGAAUUGUCAUAUGCAACUGCUCUUUGGAUGUUAGAGACAACAUUAGAACCUAAUAAUGCGGUCAUUGAAAACGCAAGGGAUCAUGCCGAUGACCAAACAUAUGAAGUUCUUGAUGAACAAGAUCGAAUUAUUAUCAAGAAAUACAUGGAUAGUAUUGCUACUAGAUUGAAGGCAUUACGAUCUAGGCUUAAUCAAUUCUAA